AAAAAAAAAAAAUGUUAUGAAGUAGAGAGAGAAAGAGAGUUUUCCAUCAAUUUGCUUUGUAGUUACUUCUCUGUAUUUAUCUUUCCCUUUAUCAAUCUCUUUCUUUUCAAUAAUUCAACUGAGCUUUUCAACCUUGUUUUGUCUUUUUCCUCCAUUUUCUCAUCAUUCUCUCUCACUUUCCCGUCGAUUUCAUCGGCUAGAAAGCGACGGAAAAUUCCUUUUGUUAUUAUCGAUCUAUCCAACCCAAUUUUCUCUGGUUCUAUCAUUUUUCCAACAAUCUCUCUAAAUUUUUCAAUUCUUUCACUGAUCAAAUUAUAAGGUCUUGAAGGCAAGAAAGGGGUAUCUGGUAUCGGCCAAUGUCUCUCAGUAAAGACCUUCUUUUCUUGAUCUUACAGUUUUGUGAUGAGGAAGAUCUCAAAAGAACUGCUCACAUGCUUGAGCAGGAAACAGGUUUAUUCUUUGACAUGAAGUAUUUCGAGGAUCUGGUGCUUGGUGGCAAUUGGGAUGAAGCUGAGAGAUACCUUUCGGGUUUCACCAAACUCGAAGAUGACAAGUAUUCAAACAAAAUCUACUUUGAAAUUCGGAAACAAAGGUUCCUUGAGGCAUUGGAUGAGCAUGAUUGUGCAAGGGCUUUAGAUAUCCUUAUGAAAGAUCUAAAAGUUUUUGCCCAAUCAAACGAAGAGCUGUACAAGGAAAUGACAAUGCUCCUGACUUUAGACGAUUUCAGAAAGCACGAGUCACUCACCUUGUUUGGCGAUGCAUUGUCUGCUAGAAAACGCAUGAUGAAUGAACUUAAAAAUAUUAUCGAGGACAAUCCCAUUUUCCAUGAAAAACUGAAGUUUCCUCACAUCAAUAAGUCAAGAUUGAGGCGCCUUGUUAACCAAAGCUUAAAUUGGCAGCAUAUUCAUUGCUCACAUCCUCAGCAAAAUCCCGAUAUAAAAACCCUCUUUACGGAUCAUCAAUGUCCACUACCCAAUCAUCCAUUUGCUGAAUCAAUUGAGAUGAAUCCGCUGCCUUCCAGAGACACGUCAGUAUCGGUAUCACCUUUCUCUGGCAAGGAGGCUUCUGCUGUAUCUUCUGUAACUCAAUAUAUAGUUUCUGAUGGAGCUCUCAAGCUUAGUGCCCAAACGACAAAUCCAGAUGCAACUGUGAAAGGGUUCGGGGAUUUUGAUAAUACAUCCAAAACAAGAUCCACUGGAACUUUGGAUGAGGUGGCGUCAUCCGUAACUUCAUCCAUUCAAAGUAAGAAUUCUGUAUCCGACAUCCCUGGUGAUUUGCCCAAGACUGUAGGACGCAUUUUGAAUGAGGAAUCUUCUCCAACAAGCAUGGAUUUUCACCCUGUUCAACCGACUUUUCUUCUAGUUGGAACAAGUGUUGGGGACGUAGGGUUGUGGGAAGUUAUAUCCGGGGAGAAACUGUUUUCAAGUAAAUUUAGUGUUUGGAAGAUCAAAACUAUUUCAAUUGCAUUCUUGGUGACUCUGCUCAAAGAUCCACGUGUCUCAGUUAAUCGUAUAAUAUGGAGCCCUGAUGGUUUGCUAUUUGGUGUUGCAUAUUCAAAACACAUUGUGCAGUUAUAUUCUUAUCAUGGUGGUUGUAAUAUCCAGAAACAAUUGGAGAUUGAUGCGCAUGCUGGUGGUGUAAAUGAUCUUGCAUUCUCCAGACCAUAUGAGCAACUUCUUGUUGUAACCUGUGGUGAUGACAAGUUAAUUCAGGUGUGGGAUGUGAUUACUGGUGCCAAACAAUAUACUUUUGAAGGUCAUGGGGCACCUGUUUAUUCCAUUUGUCUUCACGCAAAGGAAAAUAUCCACUUUCUGUUUUCAACAUCGAUGAAUGGUGAGAUUAAAGCAUGGUUAUAUGAUAAUAUGGGACCAAGGGUAGACUAUGAUGCUCCCAGACACUGUUGCACAAGAAUGGCUUACAGUACUGAUGGUAAAAGACUCUUUUCAUGCGGGACCACUAAAGGCGGAGAGUCAGUCAUUGUUGAAUGGGAUGAGAGUGAAGGUUAUGUGAAGAGGACAUACCGAGGACUUUGCAAUUGUUCAUCAGAAGUUGUACAAUUCGAUACAAGCAAGAACCAGUUUUUGGCAGCUGGUGAUGACCAUUUAAUCAAAAUUUGGGAUAUAGACAAUGAAGAACUUCUGACAACUAUUGAUGCAGAAGGAGACCUUCCUGCAACUCCAAAUAUUUGCUUCAAUAAGAAAGGCACAUUAUUGGCUGUUUUUUCCAAUCAUAAUGGAAUCAAGAUCUUGGCAAAUGAUGAUGGCCUUCGGUUGUUGCAAAUUUCUGGAUCUCAUUCCGAUAAUGCCUCUAGAAUUCUCUCAGAAACUUUGAGAAAGCUUGUAAUCAAUCCAAAGAGAGAAGAGAGAGCGGUAAAAACCUCUCAGAUUCGGUCACCGAGCAGUCAGAUUCCAAUUGUCGAUGGCACUGAAGUUACAGAUGGAAAUGUCCCUUUGGUGGUUGGUUCUGGAAAGGAUGGAGAUGCAGGUAACUUGGAGGAUGUAAAACCUGAAUCAUCUAUAGAACCUGAUAACAUAACAGAGGAUCAGGAACCCAAUGACAUAUCAGAGGUUCCAAAUUUCUCUGAAAUUAAUGAACCGUCGCAGUGCCAGUCCUUGAAGCUUCCUACUGAACUGAAAACAGACAAGCAGAUUGCGAAGUUGAUCUACACUAAUGCAGGUAAUGCAAUUUUGGCAUUAGCAGCAAAUGGCAUUCAUCUACUGUGGAAAUGGUCGCAAAAUGAACCUAAUUUGAUUGGCAAGGCGACAACAAAGGUUCCCCCUCAAAUAUGUCAACCGAAGAGUGGAUUACCAAUGAUCAAUGAUUUCACUAGCAUUAACCUUGAAGAGGUCUGGCCUUGUUUUGCUUUGUCCAAAAACGAUUCUUAUCUCGUGUCAGCAUCAGGGGGGAGGAUUUCUCUCUUCAAUACCAUGACAUUUAAGAGAUUGACAACUUUCAUGCCUCCACAACCUGCAGCAACAUGUAUUGCUUUCUAUCCCCAAGAUAACAAUAUAGUUGCGAUUGGCAUGGAUGAUUCAACAAUCCUAAUUUAUAACAUUCGUGUAAAUGAGGUUGUAAGUAAGCUUAAGGGUCACUAUACAAGAGUAACUGGCCUUGCCUUCUCUAAUGUACUGAAUGUACUUGUCUCUUCUGGAUAUGAUGCUCAGAUUAUUGUGUGGGAUUCCAAUCGGUGGGAAAAGAAGAAAAGCAGACAGUUGUAUGAUUGGCUGAUGUUAAGACCAUCAAAUACCCAUGUCCAAUUCCACCAGGAUCAGAUGCACUUCCUCGCUGUGCAUGAGAAUCAUAUUGCAAUAUAUGAAGCAACAAAACUAGUACUUGUGAAUCAGUGGGUCAAUGGAUUCUACUGUGCACGGAUAUCCCAUGCGACAUUCUCAUGUGAUUGCCAGUUAGUAUGUGCCGGAUUUCUGGAUGGAACUGUGUUGAUAUUUAAUGCUUCAAAUCUCCAUCUACGAUCCCAGAUUAAUCCUGGUGCUUACCUUCCAUCUGACCUCAGUUCCAACGUAUAUCCGUCUGUAAUUGCUGCUCAUCCGCAUGAGCCAAACCAGUUUGCCUUUGGGCUAACAAAUGGUGAGGUCGUCGUCGUUGAGCCUCUAGAAUCUGAAGGUAAAUGGGGUUUGCUGCAACCAGUUGACGAUGAAUCAUAUAUUGAGAAAGCCGACGACAUUCCUGCUAGCUAUCCUUAGAAAAGAUUGAACAAUAAGAUGGCUUCAAUCCUUAUUUUUGGUUUACUAUUGAGUAAAAUUGUAGUGGCAUGAACCUCAUAAAUUAGGGUUUUUGUACAUAAUACAUAUAAUAUAAUUUUGUCCCUAUUUCAUGGAGCCUUACUUUC